GUUUACAUCAAUCUACUAGUUGUCAUCAAUCAAUCAAAGGAAACAGGAAAAGAUCGGCCAACAUUGAGACGUGUGUCACUUCUUGUUGCAAAAGCGGAAAGCGUUAGAAUUUUUUUCUUUAGUUUUCUCUCUCAAAAAUGGAAUGAAAAUUUCUUUUCAAAAGGUUUUUCUACUUUUCAAAUUGUGAAUAACUAGCUGCUCUUUUGAUAAUAAAAUAUCAUGCGUCGUUCCCACACAAAUGACUCAUAUGCUCCAUACAACAGAAAUACAGUUGAAGACGAAAAUGAACAGUUGGUGGAUGGCCUGCAAAAUAAGAUUACUGCUCUGAAAUCACUGACUAUUGAUAUUGGCCAUGAAGUUCGAAAUCAAAAUCAAAUGCUUCGAGAAAUGGAUGAUGACUUUGAUUCCACGUCUGGAUUUUUGUCUACUACAAUGGGCAGAGUUGUAAAACUUGCUAAAUCUGGACACAAUCGUUAUAUUCUCUAUUUACUUUUAUUUUCUUUUUUUGUGUUCUUCAUGAUUUACUUAAUAAUGAAAUUUCAAUAAUUACCAUGUCUUAAAUAUAUUUAUUUAUUGAAAAAAAAUUUAAUGUUUUUAAAAAUCUUUUUCUGGUUUUAUUUCAAGUUAUUAAACUAUAAUCAUAAUCCAUUAUACGUCUUCAGAGAAUAUUUUGGAAUGAAAAUAUUAAAAAAAGAAAUGUUAUACUUUUAGUUUUUUUUUUUUAAUAAUUUAAUAUUUUUAUAAGGUUAUUUCAUUUCUAAAUAUUUUCUAAUGUAUAUAAAAUUUGAAAGUUUUGUAAAUAUUUUAUUGAAUAAAGAUGUAUUAUUUAACAGUUGCA